AUGACUUACAUCAUUGAAUCCUUGGAAUUGAAUAAGCUGGUCCCCCCUAAAGCGAGUCGCGUCGUAACGGCCGGAACGGCCAUGUUGAUUGUCAAAGACGCCACUGGUCGCUACGGAACCUGCACUGUGGAGAGUGUGACUUACAGUCAGGGGCCCGAGGACAUCGUGUCCAUCACGCAUGACAAGAACGUCAAUCUGACCGGGUGCUCAGCGAUGGUGUUAUCUUUGGAUACGUGUGGCGAAAGUUACUUCUUCCUGUCUUCUGUGUACAGUUACACAGUCCCGUACUUUACAAUAACUCUCCCGGGACAAGGGAAAACCACAUAUGCAAUAAGUUAUGCAACGGAAGCCCUUGGCAGCGGGUCAGCUGGUAUCUCUAUGUGUGGGAGAGGACAAUGGUUUUGGGCGUCAUGGGAAAAUCGGAUGAUCACAUUUGGAUUGGGGUUACAGGUAGGUGAGGACGAGAUUCUGCGGGCAGACACAAAGGAUGUUGACCCAAUCACAUUCUCAGGAAUCAGGACUUUGUCACAGGCUUCUAUAAGUGUUGAGAAGAGCGAAUGUGUGUCUGAUACCACCACCACCACCACAACUACAACCACUACAACCACUACAACCACUCCCACCACAACAACAGUGAUCUCUACGACUACUUCCUCAGCCAACUCCAAUUUGGGAAGAAUAGAUGAGCCAAGUGCUGUCGAGGAAGAAGCCAAAUCCAAUUUGAGGACAAAAGACGAACCAAGUGCUGUCGAGGAAGAAACGUCAGGUGUUGUCGACAAAGACGUGACGGGUGUGGCUGGAGCUAACGUGACGGAAGUGGACUUGGUCAACACAACUGAUGUUGCCCAGAUGGACUCUGGAUGUAGCCCGGGCGUCCUCGUCAGCGGCCUACUGCUGGUCACAACACUUGCACCCCUCAUGUGACAUACCAAGUCCCCCAACCAACCACGGGGCUAUAACCAGAUAACCAGACCUGCGGGUGUAAAUCAAGAGAACCAUUGACACAAAUCCGUGUCAUAAACAACAUAUACAAAUGCAAGUUCAUUUUCUGUUAAAUACAUUUUAAGCUCACA